AAAAAAAUAUGGGUGCAGGAAUAGGCAGCCAAAAAACAAUUCCAAAGAAAACCCUAGAGCUGUCACCCAUCACCCCUCACGAAGAGACUCGCAGAGAGGCCUGGGUCGAGGCCACUACCACCGGGUACGUUGAUGCCGCUAAUAGACGCGCCGCCGAGAGAGGUGCUGCCGUGGUGGUUUGUCUGCUUAUUCUCCCUCACCAGUGGGAGGGAUUGAAUCGCAAGGCCGCGGGAGAAGCGCCGCCGCGUGCCCACUCAUUUUUCUAUAGCUAUAGUGAUCAACAACAAUGGCGGGGAAACUGGCAAAGGCAGCUUAUGAUGCAAAGAUGUUGAAGCUUCUAAGAGAGUACAGUCAGGUGUUGGUGGUUUCAUCUGACAAUGUAGGUUCAAACCAGCUUCAGGGCAUACGGAGGGGACUCCAUGCUGAUUCAGUUGUGGUGAUGGGAAAUAACUCCCUCAUGAAACGCUCUAUCAUCUUGGAUGCCCAGAAGACUGGCAACAAGGCCUUCCUUAACCUUGUCCCCCUUCUUGUGGGAAAUGUGGCAUUAAUUUUCACCAAAGGUGACAUAAGGGAGGUCAGCGAACAGAUUGCCAAGUACAAGGUUGUUCAACCUAUUCUAAUGUGCCCCAAGUAUAUGUCACAUGACACAUACCACAAUUGUUCCUAUAUGCAAUCUGGACAGUUACCUUUGGGCCUCACAUGUUGUAAUCAGCAGCAGUCUUCGCAGGUUUCUGAGCCUUUUCUUGUAUGCUCAAAAUUUCAGCCACACCAACAUUGUUUCAUGAUGAGAUCAAGGCAGUUCUUGAUGACAAGUAUAUGGUCUCCUCUUCUCCUUUUGGCUGGCAACUUGUGAGAUCGAAGUAUUUUGAUUUGGAUCACAUGGUUUGUAUUACUAUGAUUUUUACCAGGGUUCAAUUUGAUAACUGAGAUUUCUGGUACGUAGAUUUUUAGUUCACCCAGAAAUUUUAUCAUCUUUUUGAAUAAGAAUAUGACAACAUAUUUGUUAUCUUCAUGCUAAUUAAUUUAUCUUGUAAGUACAGCUUCUUGUGAUGGUCGAUAAGCGUCACUAAUUAACAUAUUUGAUUUUUAUUAUGUUGAUUUCUCAGAA